AUGGACCGUGGCUACACCGCGGAACGCUACAGGCGCAUCGUGGACAACAUCCGUCGCGCGAUGCCGAAUGCAGGGCUCUCGGCCGAUGCCAUUGUGGGCUUUCCGGGGGAGACAGAGGAGCAAUUCCAACGCACCCUUCAGCUGGUGGAGGAAAUUGGCUUCUUGACCGUCAACCUGGCUGCCUAUUCUCCGCGGCCCAACACGUUGGCGGCGCAGCGGCCAAAUCAGGUGCCAGAGGAGGACAAGAAGCGACGCCUGCAGCAGCUGAAGGACGUAGUGCAGCGCUGCUCUUUGGAGCAGAGUCGUCGCAUGCGGGGCCAG